AUGUAUGUUGGCCAGCCGACCGUCUUCUCUCUCAUCAUCAUCAACAAAGCCGGCGGGCUGAUCUACCAACGUGAAUUCCAGCCUGGUCUACGCAAACUUUCCACAAACGAUUACCUCGUCCUAGCGGGCACAUUUCACGGUGUCCACGCCAUCACCCGCUCCAUCACACCUAAAAUCCCCGUCUCCGCACCCAACGCCCUUGCGUCCUCAUCUUCCGUCACUUCUCCCUCCGGUACAUCCACGCCUACCAUUACCCCUGCCGCGUCGGCGCACUCAUACCCCAACCCUGGAUUUCCUGUCACGGGCCUCGAGUCUCUCGAGACAGACAAGUUCCGGUUGACGUGUUUCCAGACGCUAACAGGGACCAAGUUCCUUCUGUUUACGGAUCCGCUUAUGGGGAACAUAGACACGGUUAUGAAUAAGAUCUACGAGCUGUAUGCUGACUAUGUCAUGAAGAAUCCGUUCUAUCAGUUGGAGAUGCCAGUGCGGUGUGAGGCGUUUGAUCGACAUCUGAGUGGGUGGUUAAGAGGGAGGGCGUAA